AUGACACACAUCAACGUUAAAUUAUUAUUUGUUGUGAUUUAUGGUUUAAACUUAACAAUUAUCAAAUGUGUAAAAAAUACUUCUGAAAAUAUUGGCAACUUUAUGACGCCUAUGAUCAUGGGCGGCCUUUCAGCCUUAACUUACAAUGGUCAGGGAUAUCAGGGACAGAUGCCGCAUAUCGCAGUUAAAAUUAUGCCUUCAAAGAAGUUGAGACUCACUCCCACUGAGAUGAACACAUUAUUAUUUGCAAUUAAGAGAGAAAUACAUAAUAAGGUUAAUAAACUUGAAGAGGAGUUGUAUGAGCAUAGACAUGAUAAUGAAAAGCACUUGUCAACAUGGGCACUAAAUCAGGCUCCUGUUUAUAUGCCAUUUCACGAAUCUGUCAAGAAGAAAACCCACAACUACCAGAAAACCCUUAAUUUGGAAGUAAAGAAGUUAAAGAGUAAAUUUGAACAAGAGAAGUCAGAAAAUAAGGAGACAAACACCCAGAAGCAACAGGCACACCACAAUAAAUCAGAAAAUAAAUGA